CUGACUGAGGGCCCGGAUGACCAUGUUGGACCCUUACGACUGCACCAACUGUAAAGAGUCCCUGUUUGGGAAAAAGUACAUCCUGAAGCAGGACAGUCCGUACUGCAUCAAGUGCUACGAGGAGUUGUUCUCCAGCAACUGCGACUCUUGUCACAAGCUCAUUGGCUGCACCAGCAAGGAUCUGUCGUACAAGGACCGUCACUGGCACAGCGAGUGCUUCCUCUGCAUCAAAUGCAGCCAGUCGCUGGUGGAGCAACCUUUUGCUACCAAAGAUGACAUGCUGAUGUGCACCGAGUGCUACAUCAAUGAGUACUCCUCCAAGUGCCAUACAUGCCAGAAGACUAUCACACCAGGUGAGGAGAAGCUUUUCUCCACUUUUCUCCGUAGUUUGAAAGUGUUCAGAUCAUUGAUUUCACCUUCGCACGUGGUAGGUUCCAAAAAAAUGGAGCACAAGGGCAACACUUGGCAUGAGAACUGUUUCACCUGCAACCGCUGCCAGCAGCCCAUUGGUACCAGGAGCUUUGUCCAGAAGGACACCAACAAGUACUGCCUGCCUUGCUAUGAGAAGCAGUUUGCUCUUCCAUGUAUCCACUGCAAAAAGCCCAUCCUGACUGGAGGCGUGAACUACCGGGAGCAGCCCUGGCAUAAGAGCUGUUUCGUCUGCACGGGAUGUAAGCAGCAGCUCGCCGGCCAGCGCUUCACCUCCCGGGACGACUUCGCCUACUGCCUGGACUGCUUCUGCAGCCUGUUCGCAAAGAAAUGUGCAUCAUGCACCAGCCCCAUCAGUGGUCUGGGCGGCAGCAAGUACAUCGCGUUUGAGCAGCGCCAGUGGCACAACGACUGCUUCAAUUGCAAAAAGUGCUCCGGGUCUUUGGUGGGCCGAGGCUUCCUGACAUGCAAAGAUGACAUCUUCUGCCCAGACUGCGGCAAAGACAUCUGAGCGAUCACCCUGCAGGAGAAGUGGCGGGUUCUUCAGCUUGAUCCUAGUGUAACAGUUCUCUUCACUCUCUCAUCAUUAACUGUUUGAUUUGCUUUGCCUCCACUGACCAGUCUCUCUGCCCUUGAAACACACUUUCUACGUGUAUUAACUGAGGUUUAGAUGUCUAGAUCUACAACGUGAAUGAACUGUAAAAACACAAACGAAAGGAAAAAAGGAUUCCCCCCAAAUAGUAUUGACUCACCCUUUAAAUGAAGAUUCUAUCAUUUGUCAGUGUAAUAAAUCAGAUAUCAACGCAAUAUAAACCAAGAACUACUUACAUCUACUCCAGUUAUCCACUCACCAUCCGAUAAUGUCAUGUUUGUGUGUUUAACCAGCCAACAAUAGUAAGUCCAAGAUCAAAGAUAGCAAAUGUAUUGAUAGGUUUCCAUUAUCGGCAUUAACAUCGCUGCUUGGCCUUAUGUUGCACUU